AUGGUUCUGUACUUGUCACGAAAAUUGGCAUUAGCUUUGUGCGUAUUUUUUAUCAUUUUACCUGAUUUCAGGCCACCGAAUGAGAUGUCGGUAUGCAUGGUACCGAGUGAGGUAAGCGAUGAGGAAGCGAUGGAACAGUUUGAGUUCUGCUUGCAUCAGCUGCUCGCACUCGCCAAUGAAAUAUUCGGGAAACUGGCAAAACGACUGGAAAUUUUCAACGAGCGCCUCGAAAGGAUAAAGGGGGAUGUGCAACGUGUGGCCAACAAAGUGGAACAUAUCAGAGAGGUACGUCCCUUCGCUCACGGUACUUUUCGUUUCUUCAGAUAA